AUGACGUUCGAGGACCACAAGCGCUGUCUGUUCAAGGUCGAUGACGACGACGACAAAGCUGCGGAUGGUGCCGAGAGUGAGGAGGUGGGUGAUGACGACGAAUACGACUACAUGGAGGACGACUUUGAUGAUGGCGCUACGCUAAAGGGUGAGGAGCUGAAACGGCCCGAUCGGUCAUCAGCACGAUCCAUGAGAAUGCCACCGCCGCUACCGCCGCCGCAAUUGCUGGCGUGGAAUUCACCCCAACACCGCUUCCACCGUACACGCCGUAUACACCGUAUAGGCAAAAUGUAUCGAUCCGAUCGUUCGAGCACUGCGUCAAAACGAUUAAGACCAUGA